CGUCGGCGAGGGGUCGAACAAAGGAGUGACGUAGCCCUUCUAUUUAUCCCUGUUCGUACAAGAAGGUUCUUUAAUAUUAAUUCGUAUUUCGCGGAUUUGAAGUGAUGUGAAAAGAGGAGUCGAUUGAAUGUAAAUAUUAAAUAAAGUAAAUGUGAAGAUUUGUUUUUCAGUUUUGUAAUAUUAUCACGAUACAGGUAGAAUAUGAAUAUCUGCCGUGCAUUUUCCAGAAAUAGAAAUGACUUAUUUAUUCGAGACGUAUUUUCUGCAAUUAUUUUACCUUCUAGGAAUACAUUUAUUGUGAAAAGAAAAUUCCCACCACCAUUAUCAAGAAAAAAUGCGGAACGUCCAAGAAUACUGAAAGCUAGGCAUUUUGUGUAUGAGACUGUAGAGGAUACUGAACUGACUGAACCACCAGAUCUCAAAGUUGUUUUGACAACUUUUGUUGAUGGCAUUGGUGACGUUGGAGAUGUUAUAACUUUAAUGCCUGGAUAUGCACGAGACCACCUUCUGCUUCCGAAGAAAGCUGUCUAUGCUACUCCCGAAAACAUUCAGAAGUAUUCUGAUAUUAAAAAGACUCGACCUGAGAGACCCAUGUUCAGUUCUAUUUAUGCUGGUGUGACAGUCCGGACUUUGAACAAGUAUGUUAUUCCUGUGUUCAUGAAUCCAGAAGUGCCAUGGACGAUAAAAGCAAAUCACAUUCAAAUUGCUUUCCGGAAGGAAGGUUUCUGGGUACCUUUGGAUGCCAUUGAAGUACCAAGUACUAUAGAUGGCCCUGACCCAUUGAAAGAAGCUAAGGAUUUUGCAGUUUUUAUUACAAUCAAUAACACAGAGAGGGUACCAGUACGAUGUAGACUUUUCCACACACAAGUUGGAUUAGAAACAGCAGAAUUAGCUAACGAAUUUUAUUUAGAUAAAGCAGAACCCAUUUUGACUGAACAGAAGGAACUUUUAGAAAAUAUGCCAGUGCCAGAAAUUUAUGAUCCAUCAACAACAGUUUCAUUAGUAGAAAAAUAUCGCAUUCAGUAUAUCAAAUAAAUUAAAUUUCUUCCUGUUUUA